CCGCCGCGGGAGCCCGAGCUGCCGGGCGCAGCGGGUCCGCGCCAGACUGGAGCGGGAGGGCGGCGGAGCGCAGUCGCCGGGGACCUGGCAACCCGGAGCGCCGGCGAUCGGCAGAGAGACCCCGCGAGCAGGGCAGCGGCCAGGAGCGCGGGCGCCCAGAGAGCGGAGCGCAGCCCGGAAUCAGAGCUCCGGAGAGCCGGGCUCCCGGAGGAAAUGGGGCUGUGAACGACCCGGCGAGCCAGAAGGGAAGGAAGCGCCGCGGUGGCUGAUGUCAGAGGAGCCCGGAAAGUGGCGCUGGAAAAAUCUGAAGACAGCCGGGGGCUCUGCUGCUUGCCCGGGAGGGACCUCGCCGGCCACCCCCACACGCCCCCUGGGCGGCAGCCACCGGCCGGGCUGCCGCGGGGCGACGGAGGACGGAGGGACGCGCGGAGCCGACGCCGAGGGGCCACUCCAGGAAUACAGAUAAGUGGCUGCCGGCUGGACGUGGGUCUUAAUGCAUUCGGACUCCAUGUGGAUCUGGUCGUCCCCGUGAUUCGGAGCUGCGGGCAGGAGAGGGGCGCGCGCAGCCCUCGGCAGCCGGCGGCCGAGGCACACGGAACAGGCACGGAAGGGCAGACCGACGUCGCCGAGCUGGAACCAUGUGAGAGCCAAGCCGGGAAGCAGGAGUAGACAAGAACACAGAGCAGCUGUCGCCUGGCCCUCGGCCGUCUCAGGAUGGAGCAGAGGCGGCCCUGGCCGCGGGCCCCGUCGGUCCCGUCGGUGGACAGCUGGCCAGUGGUCCUGCUCUCCUUGGUGUGGAUGCUGCUGGCACCCCCGGCCACCGGCAUGCCCCAGUUCAGCACCUUCCACUCCGAGAACCGGGACUGGACCUUCAACCACUUGACUGUGCACCGGGGCACGGGGGCAGUGUACGUGGGAGCCAUCAACCGCGUCUACAAGCUGACAGGCAACUUGACCAUCCAGGUGGCUCACAAGACGGGGCCGGAGGAGGACAACAAGUCCUGCUACCCGCCGCUGAUCGUGCAGCCGUGCAGCGAGGUGCUCACGCUCACCAACAACGUCAACAAGCUGCUCAUCAUCGACGACUCGGAGAACCGCCUGCUGGCCUGCGGCAGCCUCUACCAGGGCGUGUGCAAGCUGCUGCGCCUGGACGACCUCUUCAUCCUGGUGGAGCCGUCGCACAAGAAGGAGCACUACCUGUCGAGUGUGAACAAGACGGGCACCAUGUACGGCGUGAUCGUGCGCUCCGAGGGCGAGGAUGGCAAGCUGUUCAUCGGCACGGCGGUGGACGGCAAGCAGGACUACUUCCCCACGCUGUCCAGCCGCAAGCUGCCCCGCGAUCCCGAGUCCUCGGCCAUGCUCGACUACGAACUCCACAGCGAUUUUGUCUCCUCCCUCAUCAAGAUCCCCUCGGACACCCUGGCCCUGGUGUCCCACUUCGACAUCUUCUACAUCUACGGCUUCGCCAGCGGGGGCUUCGUCUACUUCCUCACUGUGCAGCCCGAGACGCCCGAGGGCGUGGCCAUCAACUCCGCCGGGGACCUGUUCUACACCUCGCGCAUCGUGCGGCUGUGCAAGGAGGACCCCAAGUUCCACUCGUACGUGUCGCUGCCCUUCGGCUGCACGCGGGCCGGGGUGGAGUACCGCCUGCUGCAGGCUGCUUACCUCGCCAAGCCCGGGGACACGCUGGCCCGGGCCUUCAACAUCAGCAGCCAGGACGACGUGCUCUUCGCCAUCUUCUCCAAGGGCCAGAAGCAGUACCACCACCCACCCGACGACUCCGCCCUCUGUGCCUUCCCCAUCCGGGCCGUGAACCUGCAGAUCAAGGAGCGCCUGCAGUCCUGCUACCAGGGUGAGGGCAACCUGGAGCUCAACUGGCUGCUGGGGAAAGACGUGCAGUGCACCAAGGCGCCUGUCCCCAUCGAUGAUAACUUCUGUGGACUGGACAUCAACCAGCCGCUGGGGGGCUCGACUCCAGUGGAAGGCCUCACGCUGUACACCACCAGCCGGGACCGCAUGACCUCCGUGGCGGCCUACGUGUACAACGGCUACAGCGUGGUGUUCGUGGGGACCAAGAGCGGCAAACUGAAAAAGAUCCGGGCGGAUGGUCCUCCCCACGGCGGGGUGCAGUACGAGAUGGUCUCUGUGCUCAAGGACGGGAGCCCCAUCCUCAGGGACAUGGCCUUCUCCAUUGACCAGCGCUACCUGUACGUCAUGUCGGAGAGGCAGGUCACCAGGGUUCCCGUGGAGUCAUGCGAACAGUACACAACUUGUGGGGAGUGCCUGAGCUCGGGGGACCCUCACUGCGGCUGGUGCGCCCUGCACAACAUGUGCUCCCGCAGGGACAAGUGCCAGCGGGCCCGGGAACCUAAUCGAUUUGCUGCCAGCAUCAGCCAGUGCAUGAGCCUCCAGGUGCAGCCCAGUAGCAUCUCCGUAUCUGAGCACAGCCGGAUGCUCAGCCUGGUUGUGAGUGAUGCUCCCGAUCUGUCUGCGGGCAUCACCUGUGCCUUCGGGAACCUGACGGAGGUGGAGGGGCAGGUGUCCGGAAGCCAGGUCAUCUGCAUCUCCCCUGGGCCCAAGGAUGUCCCCGUCAUCCCUCUGGAUCAAGACUGGUUUGGACUCGAGCUGCAGCUGAGGUCCAAGGAGACUGGAAAGAUAUUUGUCAGCACUGAGUUCAAGUUCUACAACUGCAGCGCCCACCAACUGUGCCUGUCCUGUGUCAACAGCGCCUUCCGCUGCCACUGGUGCAAGUACCGCAAUCUCUGCACUCAUGACCCCACCACCUGCUCCUUCCAGGAGGGCCGGAUCAAUAUUUCAGAGGACUGUCCCCAGCUGGUGCCCACGGAGGAGAUCCUGAUUCCCGUCGGGGAGGUGAAGCCAAUCACGCUGAAGGCUCGCAACCUGCCCCAGCCCCAGUCGGGCCAGCGAGGCUACGAGUGCGUCCUCAACAUCCAGGGCACCGUGCACCGCGUCCCUGCCCUGCGUUUCAACAGCUCCAGCGUCCAGUGCCAGAACAGCUCGUACCAAUAUGAUGGGAUGGACAUCAGCAACCUGGCCGUGGACUUCGCCGUGGUGUGGAAUGGCAAUUUCAUCAUUGACAACCCUGAGGACCUGAAAGUCCAUCUCUACAAGUGUGCGGCCCAGCGGGAGAGCUGCGGCCUCUGCCUCAAGGCCCACAGGAAAUUUGAGUGCGGCUGGUGCAGCGGCGAGCGCAGGUGCACCCUCCACCAGCACUGUUCCAGCCCCUCCAACCCCUGGCUCGACUGGUCCAGCCACAAUGUCAAGUGCUCCAACCCCCAGAUCACGGAGAUCCUGACAGUGUCCGGGCCACCGGAGGGAGGCACGCGAGUGACCAUCCACGGCGUGAACCUUGGGCUGGACUUCUCGGAGAUUGCCCACCACGUGCAGGUGGCAGGGGUGCCCUGCACACCCCUCCCGGGGGAAUACAUCGUCGCUGAGCAGAUCGUCUGUGAGAUGGGCCACGCCCUCGUGGGAACCACCUCUGGGCCCGUGCGCCUGUGCAUUGGCGAGUGUAAGCCGGAGUUCAUGACCAAGUCUCAUCAACAGUACACCUUUGUGAACCCUUCUGUGCUGUCACUCACCCCCAUCCGAGGGCCAGAGUCGGGAGGCACCAUGGUGACCAUCACCGGCCACUACCUCGGAGCCGGGAGCAGCGUGGCAGUAUACCUGGGCAACCAGACCUGCGAGUUCUAUGGGAGGUCCAUGAAUGAGAUUGUGUGUGUCUCACCCCCGUCGUCCAACGGCCUGGGUCCCGUUCCUGUGUCUGUGAGUGUCGACCGGGCCCGCGUGGAUAACAAUCUGCAGUUCGAGUACAUAGAUGACCCCCGGGUCCAGCGCAUUGAGCCCGAGUGGAGCAUUGCCAGUGGCCACACACCCCUGACCAUCACAGGCUUUAACCUCGAUGUCAUCCAGGAGCCGCGGAUCCGGGUCAAGUUUAAUGGCAAGGAAUCUGUCAACGUGUGUAAGGUCGUGAACACAACCACCCUCACCUGCCUGGCGCCCUCUCUGACCACCGACUACCGGCCCGGCCUGGACACUGUGGAGCGGCCGGACGAGUUUGGAUUCGUCUUUAACAACGUCCAGUCCCUGCUCAUUUACAACGACACCAAGUUCAUCUACUACCCCAACCCGACCUUCGAACUGCUCAGCCCUACUGGCGUCCUGGACCAAAAGCCGGGCUCGCCCAUCAUCCUGAAGGGCAAGAACCUGUGCCCUCCUGCCGCGGGCGGGGCCAAGCUCAACUACACGGUGCUGAUCGGAGAGACCCCUUGCGCAGUCACGGUGUCCGAGACACAGCUCCUCUGCGAGCCUCCCAACCUCACCGGGCAGCACAAGGUCAUGGUUCACGUGGGCGGGAUGGUGUUCUCGCCGGGCUCGGUGAGUGUCGUCUCAGACAGCUUGCUGACCCUGCCAGCCAUCGUCAGCAUCGCGGCCGGCGGCAGCCUCCUCCUCUUCAUCGUCAUCAUUGUGCUCAUCGCCUACAAGCGCAAGUCGCGCGAGAACGACCUCACGCUCAAGCGGCUGCAGAUGCAGAUGGACAACCUGGAGUCCCGCGUGGCCCUGGAGUGCAAGGAAGCUUUUGCUGAGCUCCAGACAGACAUUAAUGAGCUGACCAGCGACCUGGACCGCUCAGGGAUCCCCUACCUGGACUACCGCACCUACGCCAUGCGCGUCCUAUUCCCCGGCAUCGAGGACCACCCCGUGCUGCGGGAGCUGGAGGUGCAGGGGAACGGGCAGCAGCACGUGGAGAAGGCCCUGAAGCUCUUCGCGCAGCUCAUCAACAACAAGGUCUUCCUGCUCACCUUCAUCCGCACGCUGGAGCUCCAGCGCAGCUUCUCCAUGCGCGACCGCGGCAACGUGGCCUCGCUCAUCAUGACCGGCCUGCAGGGCCGCCUGGAGUACGCCACCGACGUGCUCAAGCAGCUGCUCUCCGACCUCAUCGACAAGAACCUGGAGAACAAGAACCACCCCAAGCUGCUGCUGCGCAGGACGGAGUCUGUGGCUGAGAAGAUGCUGACCAACUGGUUUGCCUUCCUCCUGCACAAGUUCCUAAAGGAGUGUGCCGGGGAGCCGCUCUUCAUGCUGUACUGCGCCAUCAAGCAGCAGAUGGAGAAGGGGCCCAUCGACGCCAUCACGGGCGAGGCGCGCUACUCCCUGAGCGAGGACAAGCUCAUCCGGCAGCAGAUCGACUACAAGACCCUGAUCCUGAACUGCGUGAACCCUGACAACGAGAACAGCCCGGAGAUCCCCGUGAAGGUGCUGAACUGCGACACCAUCACGCAGGUCAAGGAGAAGAUCCUGGACGCCGUGUAUAAGAACGUGCCCUACUCUCAGCGGCCCAGGGCUGUGGACAUGGACUUGGAGUGGCGCCAAGGCCGGAUCGCAAGGGUGGUGCUGCAAGAUGAGGACAUCACCACCAAGAUCGAGGGCGACUGGAAGCGGCUCAACACGCUGAUGCACUACCAGGUGUCCGACAGGUCGGUGGUGGCUCUGGUCCCCAAGCAGACCUCUUCCUACAACAUCCCUGCCUCUGCCAGCAUCUCCCGGACGUCCAUCAGUAGAUACGACUCCUCCUUCAGGUACACAGGCAGUCCCGACAGCCUGCGGUCCCGCGCCCCGAUGAUCACCCCCGACCUGGAGAGCGGGGUCAAGGUGUGGCACCUGGUGAAGAACCACGACCAUGGGGACCAGAAGGAGGGGGACCGGGGCAGCAAGAUGGUGUCGGAGAUCUACCUGACGCGGCUGCUGGCCACCAAGGGCACCCUGCAGAAGUUCGUGGACGACUUGUUCGAGACCUUGUUCAGUACUGUGCACCGGGGCAGCGCCCUCCCCUUGGCCAUCAAGUACAUGUUUGACUUCCUGGAUGAGCAGGCCGACCGGCAUAGCAUCCACGACACAGACGUGCGGCACACCUGGAAGAGCAACUGCCUGCCCCUGCGCUUCUGGGUGAACGUGAUCAAGAACCCGCAGUUCGUGUUCGACAUCCACAAGGGCAGCAUCACGGACGCCUGCCUGUCGGUGGUGGCCCAGACCUUCAUGGACUCCUGCUCCACAUCCGAGCACCGGCUGGGCAAGGACUCACCCUCCAACAAGCUGCUCUAUGCCAAGGACAUCCCCAGCUACAAGAGCUGGGUCGAGAGAUACUAUGCAGACAUCACCAAGCUGCCUGCCAUCAGUGACCAGGACAUGAACGCCUACCUCGCCGAGCAGUCCCGCCUGCACGCCGUGGAGUUCAACAUGCUGAGUGCCCUCAAUGAGAUCUACUCCUAUGUCAGCAAGUAUAGUGAGGAGCUCAUCGGGGCGCUGGAGCAGGACGAGCAGGCGCGGCGGCAGCGGCUGGCACACAAGGUGCAACAGCUCAUCCACGCCAUGUCCAUCGAGAGCUGAGAGCAGGAGCUGGCGUUCCUGGAAGAGGGACCCGUCCACGUUGUCGCGCCGGGAGUCUCAGGAGAAAGGACACGUGCAGGCGGUCAGGCUCCAGAGCUGCUGUCCCUGAGACGCCCUCCCGGCGCCAGCUAUGCAGUUCCUGCCGGGACCGACAGUGGGCGCCAACCAUCCACCCGCAAGCAAGGACCAGGGUGCGGGAGAGGAGAAGGCGGCUCCUCCAGCGGAGAGGCACGCGCUACCCAGAGCCCUGCCUCCGUGACUGCUGCUUUGCAUGAAAACUCUUUGAUGUAUAUUGGGGAAAUAAUGAGAACUUUAUUUAAUUUUUUUUAAGAAAAAGGAAAAAACCCAGAAAUAAAACAAAAAAAGCCGCCCUA